AUGGACCUCGCGGAGGCUUUGUUACAUAGGUACACCACGAGCGUGGUUGCCAUCCUGAAUGCGAGCUCAAGCGAGUCGGGCGACGCGUCGCGGAGUCUGGGCGCGCUUCGCGACCUCCUCCCCGCGCUCUCCGCGCUCGCCCCGACGGGCGGUCCGCAGCUGAUCAACACCCUGACGCGAUGGUACCAGCAGCAGGCCAGGACGCUGGCGUCCAGCAGCGGAGACAGGAACCCGCUCGGACGCUCGCGGACCUUACAGCUGGCCUUCUGGCACGCCGCGCACAGGGUCCUGGCGCCGUUACCCCCCGGCGCACUCGCGGGAACCGACGUCGCCCGAGUCAUCGACCUCGCCUUUGACGCCGUCAUCGCCGGCCGAGACCCGGCGCCGCACGUGGACGCGGGCUGGGGCGCCAGGCCCUUGGCGGGCGGCGCUUCGUAUCUGGCGGGCGGCGCUUCGUAUCACGAUGAGAGUGGGGGCAUCCACGAGAGUGGGGGCAUCCACGGUGGCGGCGGCGGCGACACCGCGGUCAACGCGUCGCCGCCGCCGCUGGACCCUUCGCCGUCGGUGGCGGCGAUGGCGGCGCGCGUGCUCGGGUUCGCGUCGCGGCACGACCCGGACGCGGUGACGGCGCGGCUCGUGGAGGAGCUGGAGCCGAGGGUCAACUCGGAGAGCAAGCGCGGGGAGGUUCACCUCAUCGUCCACGGCGCGAGGUUCCUGCACGUGUCGUUGGACGGCGCGGGACCCGUCGCAAACAUUGGCGCAUCGUCGGACGCCGGUCCAUUCGACGCGGCUUCUUCGAGGCUGAGGGUAAAACCCGGGGAACUGGCCGACCGGUACGCGGCGUCCGCGGCGCAGACGGUUCGCAGGCUAAACCCCUGCGCGUGGCACCCGACGUACCGCAAGUCGGACCUGCGGCACGCGCUGUGCGCGCUGCUUCACGCGGUGCUCGCGCCCGUCGCGGGAGCUCGGAUCCCCGAGGGCGCUUCGGAUUAUACGAAGCGGGACUGGGCGGAGGCGGUGACGACGUGCCGGGAGGACGUCGACAAGUGGCUCAGGAGCAAGGAGAAGAAGCACGCGGCGGCGGGGUUGCCCCUGCUCGGGGCGUUGCACGCGGCCGAGACGCUGUGCGGCGGCGACGGCGGCGCGGGUCUGCACGCCUUUUUGGACACCGCGCUGCUCCGCGCGUUCAGGGAGCCCCGGCACAGGGCGGCGGCGGCGGACGCGCUGAGGGCGGCGGUGGAGGGGAUAGCGCCGCCGCUGCCGCCGGGGGGUACGUCACCGGCGCCGGCGACGCCGCCGCUGCCGGAACCCACGCGGGGUAAGCUGAGAGCCGCGCUGGGCGGCGCGGCGUCGGCGAUCAAGAAGGGGCCGCACGGCGGGGAUGUGCACGCGGUGGCCCGCGCGGUGGCGGCGACGGCCCGUCUCGACCCGCUCCUCGCGGCGGACGUGUUGAUGGACCUGGUGCACCAGGGGAAGGUUUGUGACGCCACCGCCGCGGGUCUGGCGGCCGUGCCGGACGUCAUCCUGCUCACCGCGUCCAGGAGGUUGAAGAGCGGGGGAAGGACCGGACCGAAGCCGGGUCUGGCGGGGGUGCUGGAGUGCAUGCGGGACGAGGGCCUGGAUCCGUUCUCGGGCCUCGUGGACAGGAUCGUCGCCAUGGGCGCGGCCGGGGUGGCGGCGGCGGGCGGCGCGGACGCGGCGCCCGCCGCGGUCAAGGCGUCAGCGUCCGCCGCCGCCGCCACCGCCUCGGCGCUCGUCAAGAGCCUUCGUCGCGAACUGGGCGCGACGGCUUCGGCGCUUCAACGCGCGGACCCCACGUCUCGGGCGUCCGUCAUCGUCGCCACGGCGUUGCUCCGAUGCGUCCCGUUCAUCGCGCCCGAGGAGUGGCGCGGAGCCGCCCUCGGCGAGGCUGUCCCGCCGCUCUGCGCGCAUCCCCACCCGGCGGUGCGGGCGGCGGCGAGGGACGCGAUGCGGCGGGCGGUGGCUUCGACGCCGGCGGCGCGCGACGCCAUCGUGCAGGGCGCCGCGGGGGUGUUACUGUCCCCGCCGUCGACGGGGCGCGCGGGGAUAUCGUUGACGGACGCGGACGCGGCGACGUCUGCGGCGCGGACCCUUCGGGACGUGUGCGAGACGUGGCGGGUCGCGUCGUCGGAGGAGUUUGAAUCACCCAGCGACAGCUCGAGCGCGUCGUCGCUCGCGUCGACGACGUCGGAGACGUUCGAUCCGUGCAGGUCCGAGGCUGCGGGGCUUCUCAUGAUGUGCAGCCCGCACGCGGAGGUUCGCGUCGCGGCGGUGGAGAUGCUCCGCGAGGUGGCGAAGCUCUCGGCGGCGUUGCGACACGCUCAGCACCCGAGCGGCGGCGACGACUCGCGGAGUGUUCUCCCGUCGGCGCCGUCGAUGUCUUCGAUCGUCGAGUCGUGCGCCGGGGACAUGGUCCUGAGCGCCCUCGGCGCCGAGGGCGGGACCGGCGGGUUGGACCCCCGCGUCGACCCGGGCCUCUGCGCGGCGGCGGCGGCUGCCGUCGCGUCGGCGGGCGGCGCGGCGGCGACGGCUCGGCACGUGAGGGGCGGCGCGUGGACGGCGGCGCUCGGCGUCCUCGCCGCUCGCGCCUCCGCGUCGAGCCCGGACGUGACCACGACCGCGCGUGCGCAGGCGCUCCAGCGGGUCCAGGCGGUCAUGGCGCAGGAGGGCGCGGCGGCGAGGAGCGCAGGACCGAGGGCGCCCACGGAUUCCGCCACGGAUACGUUUGAGGCUUGGCGCAACUGCACGUGUUUCGUGUGCGCGGCGUCGCCCGCGCGCGAGACUGGUCCGCCGGUUCUCAGUGCAUCAAACGCCGCGUCGGGCGUGGGCGGAACAAACCCUAGUGCUAACCCGCUCCUGGCGCCGCAGCAGGUGCCCCUCGGCGUCCGCGGCUCCCUGUCCGGGCUGUUCGCGCUGCUGGUGCCGUGCCUCAAGGAGGGCGGCGCGCAGGCGGCGGCGGCGGCGGGGGUCCUCGCGCGGGUCCCCCCGCUCGCCGCGCCGCAGCUCCUCGCCGCCCUCGCGCCCCUGCAGGCGUCGCUCGGUACCGCGCCGGUCAACUCCGGCGGCCACGGGGCGGGCACGCCGUUUGACAGGAACCGACGCAACCUGGAACUUCGCGCGCACCUCGCGGGUCUCCACCUCGGCCUCGCCGCGCAGGGCGCCGUCGCCGCCGUCGCGCCGGGACCCGCGGGCCGGGACGCCGUCGCGAAACACCUCCUCUCCUUUGUCGAUUCCACCGUGUCCUACGCGAGGUCCACCGGCGCGGCUAUCGAGUGCUCCCCCGACGAGCUCAACCGGCUCGUGUUCGCCGCCGCCGCCGCCGCCACCGCCUGCGCGCCGCAGAUCAUGGCCCUGGCGCCGCACGUCGUGGACAAUGAGGUUCGGUCCAGGCUCUGGGAGGACUUUCACUGGUGGGCCAAGAGGGCGUCUGCGAGCGUCGAGGAUAACAAAGGCGGGAUGGGGUCGUCGUCGUCGUCGUACCGAGAUGGUGACGUGUCACCCGCCGUCGCGGCGCUGCUGGGCUCCUCCGGGGGAAACAACGGCGGCCGCGGCGGCGGGAGCGUGAGCUCGUUCGACGGGAGCGAGUCGAGGCACGGGAGGCGCGACGGCAGCCUCCGCGGCGGCGGGAGCGCCCGGAGCGGCCUGAGCCUCAGCGUGUUUGACCUGGCCAUCGGAACCCAGGGCGGCCGGGGCGGCGGCGUCGACCGAGCCGCCCUGGGCCUCGGCGGCGAUAGGUGGGGCGCCGGCGGCGAAGGAAGCCGGGACGGCCACGAGACAGCCUCGGACCACGACGACCAGAGCAGCGCGGGGGGUAAGAGUACCGCGCCAACCGGGCCCCUCGGUCGCGGCGUAGCGGACGCGGCUAGGUCCCCGCUAGCUGUCUACCACGCGUGCAACGAGGCGGCGGCGGCGUUACUCGCCGGGCCAGUCUUCGACAACGACGCGAGCAAGCCUCGGGGCCGGGUCUUGACAUGGAUCGGGGGUUUGUUGGAGGGUAAGGUUGCCGGCUCUAGGCGCGCGGACCUCGGAACGGCGCGGCGAGCGCUGCGGUACCACCUUCACGCCAACCCGGGUUUGGCACACACCGUCCUGGACGCGUGUUACUCGGCACACGACCGAACGGCGGCGGCGCACCUCGCCGCGCUGGCCGACCUCUUCGUAAGGGCGAGGUCGUCGUCGGUUGAGGUGUCGUCGUCGCCGGGAGGGCGGCAGUCCCCGGGUUUAGUGCGGCAGUCCCCGGCGGCCGCCGAGGCGCCGAGCUGUUCGCCCGCCAAGCUCGUCGCGCUCGUGCUGUACAAGCUGGUGCAUCCCUCGGCGACGGUGAGGGACGACGCGGUGGCUCUGCUCAAGGCUGUCGCCGCGUUGGACCUGUGCGUCGACGACACUGGCGGCGACGGCGAUCUCGCCGAGAUCUUUUCCCAGGAUACCCUCCCCGAGCUGCCGGAUGCGUACCAGGCGUUUCAGCAGAACGUGUCGAGGCGGCUCGCGCGCAGCCGACCCGCGCUGGGCGAGGAGCUCCUGGUGGAAGCUCUGGGCCGCCAGAUGGACGACGGAGCCGCGGACGCCGGCGCACACCGACACGUGCUCGCGGCGUUGGCUCCGUGGACGGCCGCGCUGCACCUGCCCCACAUCGCCGCGGCUGGACGCGCCGAUCGGCUUCUCAAGUCUCUGUACUUUGUCACGUUUUUCCGCGGCGACGCGUUUCCGCGGGAGAUGGAGACGAUGUGGCGGCACAUCGGCCACUCGCCGCGUAACGUGGUUCCCGCGCUGAGAUUUUUGGAGACGAAGGGGUUGGAGGAUACGUCGUCCGCGACCGCGAUGUCCACGUACUGCCUCACCGCCAAGCGCGUGUGCCUGUACCUCGCGAGGGCGGCGCCGCAGCAGUCCAUCGACCAGCUCGUGUACGCCAUUUCCCUGCGCGGUCUCGAGGUUGACUACCCCCCGGGCGCCGGCGACGCCGACCGAAGGAUCAGCGGCGACGAUUCCAUGGACAUGGGCUCGUUGCGCGGCAGCGACGCGGGAAGUAUCAGGGGCGGGAGCUCGCUCGGCCGCAGCAACGACCACGACGACGACGACGACGACGACGACGGCUUGAAACUCACGGCGCCCGACCUCGCGAUUAUCCUCCUCGCCGAGGUUGCCGCCGAGCACGACGAGGACUUCAGGGUUCACCUCCCCGUCCUACUGCACGCGGCGGUGGCGACGCUCGCGGGGUCGCCAGAGCCCACGGUGCGGGCGCACUGUCGCCAGCUCCUCGCGAAUCUCACGCACGCCCUCGCGGCUAGGCCCCUCGGCGCCAAGGGACGUGGCGAAUUUUACGGUCGAGACGGCCGGAUGGACGACGGUCUCGCCGCCUACCGCACGCCGGGUUUGCAGGUGACCCCGGGUGGCGGGGUGCCCGGGUGGCAGGGCGAGGUUGGCCAGUGGGGCGCCGCCGGUAUGGCCACCCCCGCGAGUCACGGCAUCCCCGGAUUUGGCGCCAACGGGACGGUGCACCCUUACGAGGCGUCUUCUUCGUAUGGAACGAAUGGGGCAAACAACGCCGGUUCCUACGGCGGCGACGGUGUGGACGACGACGACGGCGCGAGGGGCCGCGCGGCGGUCGCGAGGCUCCAGUCGUUGCUCGCGCGUCCCGGCGGCGGCGGGGUGGGCGCGGGUACCGCCGCGGGUGGGCUCAUCGGCGGCGUCAUCGUCCGGGGCGGCGCCUCGGAGGGCGCCGCGCCGUGGACCCCCGAGGCUAUCGCUCAGCUCGUGGGACUCCUCCCCGACGCGAUGGUGUUCGAGCCCGGUCUGCGGGAGCAGUGGGCGGACGAGGCCAGGCGUUGGCUCCUUCGCGCCGCGUCCUACUCGCUCGCGGCGACGUCGGCGAGGGUCCUCGCGGCGUUGAGGGUACCGCUCGACCUGGAGAGCGGCGAGGCGCUUCUCGCCGCGUUGUGCUCUUCGGCGGCUGCGGCGGAGGGCGGGACGGUGGCGCACGGCCUCGUGUCCGACCGACGCGGGACCGACCUCUACCGGCCGACUCGGCGGGGACCCGCGGCGCGGCAGAGGGUCGUGUCCGCGCGGUCCGCGUCCGCGGCGGCUGACCUCGCGGGUCUCCUGCUGGACACGCUGACUGAGAUGUUGGGCCACGUCGCGAGGGGCGAGCGGGAUAUCAUCGAGUACCCGCACGUGCUGUGGGGCGCCGCGGCGUGCCUCCGGACCUUACACCCGCCCCUGUACGCCCGCGCCGCGAGGCUCUUCUCGGCGAUGACCCUCGCGUGGCCGCUGGACGAUCCAACCGGCGCGAGCGAGGAGAUUUUACGAGCCGCCGCGCCCGCGCCCAUCGGCACGAGACUCCCUUCUUCGGGGAGCGGCCACGGGCGCCGUAACCCCGCGGUGGCCUCCGCGGUGGCCGCGGCGCUGGACGCGUGGAUGAGAGGCGCCACCGCCAAGGACUUCGACGCGACGUGGCGUCCACCUCCGGGCGCGCCAAUUCCCGCGAUGAGCCUCCCGGAUCUGGUCCCGCUGCUGCUCAAGGGGCUGGUUCGCGCAGAGUCGGCGGCGCACUCGGCCAGGGGGUUAGCCGCCAUCGUACCGAGGGUCGGGGUGAGGGACCGGUGGGGUGGCGAGCGGGCGCUGGCGCUGGCGACGUGUGGGCUACUCCCGUUGGUGCUCGCCGCCGCCGCCUACGCGGAGGAGGACGCGGCGAGGGAACGCGACGAGGGAGCAGCCGCGGGAGGGGUCAACGCCGCGGGAGGGGUCAACGCCGACGAACAAUCGUCCCCGUCGCCGAUCAAGACGCCCGCCGCCUCGACGCCCCAAACGGGCGCCAACGUCAACGCCUCGCCGUCCCAAACGACGGCACAAACAUCCCCGUCCCCAAUACCCUCGGCGCGCGGCGCGAGGGCGGGCGGGCAAAAGGGGGCGGGUCCCCUCGGCGCGGGCGAGGGCGCGGCGACGGGCCGAUGGCUCGGCGCGGGUCUCAGGGCGGCUUCGCCCCGCGGUCGACUCGAUUCGCUCGCGGCGACGCUGGACUCCGUCCUCCCGUCGCCCCGCGCGAGGACCGCGGUGGCGCGGGGUCGCAGGUUCGCGGUGGCGCCCCGGCGGGCUCGCGGGGUGAAACCACCGCCAUCCCGGCCGCCGCCGCCGCCGGGAUCAAACGUGGCGGGUCGACUGGCCGAUAUUCUCGCCGAGCCGCUCGCGUCCUUCGUGUUUCCAGCGCACGCCGUGCCGGUGGCCAAGACGCUCGUGGACAUCGCGGUGGGACUGGGCGGGGAGAACGGCGGGGAGGAAGGGCCCGCGGCGGCGGCGGCGGCGCUCGAGCUGCUCACCGCGCUGGUAUCCCGCGCGCGGGGCGAGGCGGCGGCGGCGGUGUUUGACCCGAGGGCUUCCGGGAGCGGGUCGCUGUUCGCGCCCGUCGCCGCGCUCCUGGACGGACCCCACUCCGCGGCGGCGCUCGAGCUUCUCACCAAGGUGGCCACCGGGACGGCGGCGGCGGCGCGAGGCCCGCCGCCGCCGUACAGGAACGAUGUGGGAGACUGGGGACCGGUCGCGAGGCUGGGGGCGCCGGCGACGAUGUGGGACAGCGUGGACGCAAACGGCGGGAGGGCGGUGGACCUGAUGUACGGGGUGAUGCUGAGCGGGGGUAUGGACCCGAACCGGGCGGCGCUGCCGGCGUGCCUGGUGAGCGACUCGGCGGAUAACUGA